AUGGCAGCGACAGAACAGCCUCUCCUGCCACAAUUCACCGCUCAACAUCACCAUGAACCUUACGCGGCCAUCUCGCCGUCGCGACCAGAGCUUUCGACAGCUGGAAAGGUCGUAGUCAUCACCGGCGCCGCUGGAGGGAUCGGAUCAGCCAUGAGUCGGGCGUUCGUCGAGGCGGGGGCGAAAGACGUGGUGCUGCUCGAUCUCAACCAGACAGGACUCCUCAAGCUCAAGGCCGAGCUGGAGGAUCUGGGUAGCAAGUCCAAGAUCCACCCGAUGGUGUUGGACAUCACCAAUCCACUGGCAGUCCGAGAUGCCUUCAACACGAUCGAAGCCGUGGUCGGCCGCAAGAUCGACGUCCUGGUCAACAACGCUGGCUACCAGAACAUCAACAAGCCCGUGCUGGACUUCGACAUUGACGAGUGGUGGAAGUGCUUCGAAAUCAACGUCAAGGGCAGUUUCCUAGUGGCGGUCGAGUUCCUACGGCACUGCAGCCCCGACAACAACUCCGUCUUGAUCAACGUUUCGAGCAUCCUGGCGCAUUACGGCGUGCGGCAGGGCUACUGCACGGGCCAUAGCGCCUACUGCGCUUCCAAGCUGGCAAUUACAAAGGCCAUGGACGUUCUACAGGAAGAGCUGCCCAUGGUACGAAUCGUCAAUCUACACCCAGGCCUGGUCCCGACGGCCAUGUCGGCGAAGAUAGGAAAUACAGCUUAUUCUUUGGAUUCUGUCAAUCUGCCCGCUCAUUUCUCGGUUUGGCUUGCGAGUCCCGAGGCUGAUUUUCUGAAGGGUCGCUUGGUGUGGUCGAACUGGGACGUGGAGGAGAUGAAGUCGAGGAAAGACGAGAUCUUGGAGAAGGAUCUUUUGCGCAUCGAGCUGACAGGUAUAUGA